ACAUGAAGGGUGGGUUGGGGGAGGGGGCGGCCACCACAGCGGCAGUACCACCAAGGUCAAAGUUCACACAGACUCGCCUCUGUGAUUGAUGAGGAUUAAGAAGCAGAUUUUGCCUAAUAGGAAACACAGGAACGUACUCAUCCACCACACUGGGUAAAGAACUUUUAAUGGCGUUCCGGUAGAGACAUCAAGAUGAACACGUUACCAUCAAUGGACCGGCACAUCCAGCAGACCAAUGACAGGCUGCAGUGCAUCAAACAGCACUUACAGAACCCGGCCAACUUCCACUCAGCGGCCACAGAGCUGCUCGACUGGUGUGGAGAUCCCCGGGCCUUCCAGCGACCUUUCGAGCAAAGUCUCAUGGGAUGUCUGACGGUGGUGAGUCGCGUUGCUGCGCAGCAGGGGUACGACUUGGACUUGGGCUACAGGUUGCUGGCCGUGUGUGCAGCCAACAGGGACAAAUUCACCCCCAAAUCUGCAGAAACCAGCACCUGCAGGAGAUGUCAGAGUGACUCAGCCCUGCUGUCGUCGUGGUGCGAGGAGCUGGGUCGUCUCCUCCUGCUGCGUCACCAGAAGAACAGGCAGAACGAACCGCAGGGAAAAGUCCCCAUGCAGCCCAGCAUGAGCAGCAUGAAGCCCGGCCUCACACACAGUGAUGGAUCCUUUCCCUAUGACUCUGUCCCCUGGCAACAAAACACCAACCAGCCCCCUGGGUCGCUGUCAGUGGUGACAACGGUGUGGGGCGUGACCAAUACGUCACAGAGCCAGGUGCUGGGUAACCCGAUGGUAAACAGCAAUAACCCCAUGAAUCCUGGGGGGAACCCUAUGGGAUCAGGUAUGUCUGCCAGCGCAGCAGGACUCAACUCACCUCAGUUCAGUGCUCAGCAGCAACAGUUCCCAAACAAAGUCGGCUCCAACCAAGCGUACAUGCAGCAGGGCAUGUACGGCAGGCCUGGCUACCCUGGUGGUCCUGGAGGAUACAGCGGAAGUUAUUCCGGAGGCCCAAACCCUCCUCCAGGAGGUAUGGGAAUGACCUCCCACACACGUCCUCCUGGUGACUUCACGCAGCCAGCUGCCGCUGCUGCAGCAGCUGCUGUCGCUGCGGCUGCUGCUACGGCAACGGCCACAGCAACAGCCACGGUAGCAGCUCUGCAGGAAACCCAGAAUAAAGAUAUGAACCAGUAUGGACAGAUGUGUUCAUCGUUCCAAAUGGGCCCCGCUCAGGCCUACAACAGCCAGUUCAUGAACCAGCCAGGCCCACGAGGGCCCCCUGGAGGCAUGAAUCCAGCCAGCAUGGGAUCAGCCAUGAGCAACCCCAACAUGAGUGGUCCUCCCAUGGGCAUGAACCAGGCUCGAACCCCAGGCAUGGGGCCCUUUGGAGCUCACGGCCAGAGGAUGCCACAGCAGGGGUAUCCUGGAGGACCUCGACAGGGUGUGCCCCUGCCGGGGAUGAAGAGGUCGUAUCCUGGGGAGGCAAGUUACGCAGCUCAGCAAUACGGGCCAAACAGUCAGUUCCCGCCACAGCAGGGGCAGUACCCAUCAUCGAAUGCCUCCAGGCCGCUGCCGUCUCCUAACUACCCCAGCCAGAGGAUGCCAGGGCAGCAGAGCCAGGGACAGUACCCACCUGGGAUGCCCAUGGCCCAGUAUUAUAAGCAAGAGCCCUUCAAUGGUCAGAGCACCAACUUCUCUGGAGGUGGUUACUCCUACGGUCAAGGAAACGGGCCUCCCAGGCCCGGUAACUACCCCCACUCUCCUGUCCCUGGAAACCCCACACCUCCCAUGACCCCAGGAAGUAGCAUUCCUCCGUACCUGUCGCCAAACCAGGAUGUGAAACCCCCAUUUCCACCCGACAUGAAACCAAAUAUGACAGCACUUCCGCCCCCUCCAAGUAACCCCAACGAAGAGCUGCGGCUGACAUUCCCCGUCAGGGAUGGAGUGGUGCUAGAGCCGUUCCGCCUUGAGCACAACCUGGCUGUCAGUAACCACGUCUUCCACCUUCGACCCUCCGUCCACCAGACCCUCAUGUGGAGGUCAGACCUUGAGCUGCAGUUUAAGUGCUACCACCACGAAGACAGGCAGAUGAACACCAACUGGCCUGCCUCCGUCCAGGUCAGCGUCAAUGCCACGCCUCUCACCAUUGAGCGGGGAGACAACAAAACCUCCCACAAAGCCCUGCACCUGAAGCACGUAUGCCAACCUGGGAGAAACACCAUCCAGAUUACAGUCACCGCCUGCUGCUGCUCCCACCUGUUUGUGCUGCAGCUGGUCCACAGACCAUCUGUGCGCUCCGUCCUCCAGGGGCUCCUGAAGAAGAGGCUCCUUCCUGCAGAACACUGCAUCACCAAGGUUAAGAGGAACUUCAGCAGUGUGGCGGCCUCGGCAGGCAACACCACUCUCAAUGGGGAAGAUGGUGUGGAGCAGACGGCCAUUAAAGUGUCGUUGAAAUGUCCCAUCACCUUCCGACGCAUCCAGCUACCGGCGCGAGGGCACGACUGCAAACAUGUCCAGUGUUUUGAUCUGGAGUCCUACUUACAGCUCAACUGUGAGCGGGGGACAUGGCGGUGUCCUGUGUGCAAUAAAACAGCAUUAUUAGAAGGUCUGGAGGUGGACCAGUACAUGUGGGGAAUCCUCAACGCCAUACAAAACUCAGAGUUUGAAGAGGUCACUAUAGACCCAACAUGUAGCUGGAGACCUGUCCCCAUCAAGUCCGAGCUUCACAUCAAAGAGGACCCUGACGGACCGCUCACCAAGCGCUUCAAGACCAUGAGCCCCAGUCAGAUGACCAUGCCCAAUGUGAUGGAGAUGAUCGCCCAGCUAGGGCCCGGCCCCGGACCUGGACCCGGCCCUGGACCUGGCCCUGGACCCGGUCCCUACCCUCCACACCCUAGUCAACAUGCGAGCGGGAACGGUGGAGAUUACCCAGGAGCAGCCAACAGUUACCACAGCCAAGGGCACUUUGACUUCCCUCAUGGGAACUCCUCUGGUGGUGGAGUUGCAGGAGGAGGUGGAGGUGGUCCCCCUAUGAAUGACUUCAUCCACGGCCCCCAGCUCUCACACCCCCCGGAUGGACAUGGCGGCCUCCUCUCGCAGGACAAGCCCCUGAGCCACAGCAUGAACGAUGCAAUGUCCCAUCCCGAUCAGUCCCAUAGCUCCAUGCAGCAGAGCUUGCAUGCGUCUCCCCACCCCGGCAGCCAAACAGGGCCGCCCUUGCAUCACGGCGGCCAGUCAGGGCAGCCCUUGCAUCACGGCGGCCCGUCUUCGCAGCCGCAUCGCCAGUCGCAGCCUCAGCCACCGCCACUGCCUCAGCAGGCCGGGCAGAACAGUCACCCCCACGGCGAGCUGAACUUUAACCCCUCCGCAGAUGGGCAGAUGGGUCAGGGAGCGCAGGAUAUGCCUGAACCCUCUCUGGAUCUGCUUCCAGAGCUGGCGAACCCGGACGAGUUGCUAUCGUACCUGGACCCCCCGGACCUCCCCGCCAACAGCAGCGACGACCUUCUCUCCCUCUUUGAGAACAACUAGCUCCUCCCCCUCCCAGUACGAACGCUCCUUCGCCUACAAGAGCGGUGACGUGUUUGACUGUCCGUCCACAGACACUUCACCCCCCCUCCUCCAAAAAGACACUUCAAGCAGCUUCCGAUGCUCACACACACACACACACACACACACACACACAAAGACACACACAGUGACAGUGUGGGAGGGGAGUCCGACUGAAGAAAAGAGGCACCUGUUUUGGGAACUCCUAACGGAGAACGCAGGAACGCCGCUCAUCUCCGAGCCCCCCCCCCCCUCUGUUUUUUGUUCCUCCUGUAAAGAUUCCACGCACCAGUUCCAUCGCCUCUGACUCGAAACACACACCAUUUACAGCCAUGUUUUGGCGGGCACUAAAAUGAUAUUAUAUAUAUACAUAUAUAUGAUAUUUGUGACUUUUCAACUGAAAACUGUGCAGCUAUAAUCGUCUCGUGUGACAACACAGAGGAGAGCGGAGCCUUUGUGGGCUUCAGGAAAAGUGUUGUAGCUUUGUUUUAAAAUUUUUUUUUUUUUUUUUUUUUAAAUUAUAACUUUCCUUUUGUGAAAAAAAAGAAAAGUCCAUGGGAAAAACAUUGUCUUGUAAGAGUGUUUUUAACCUGUUUGAAAUGUGUUCUUCCAAAACUUUGGCACAUGCCAUGCCCUUUGACCCCCCCAGACUUUCCUGUGUGUGUGUG